GGUGGUCGCGCGGAGGAGUCCCCUCCCCACCCGCUCUUCGUCUCCCGCCGUCCCCCCUGCCUUCCUCCGACCCCGGGACGCCGGGGAGCCCGGCGCGCGGCGGGGGCGCGAGGUGGAGCGGGCGGGGGCGGCCAAUGCGAAACUGGCUGGUGCUGCUGUGCCCGUGUCUGCUCGGGGCCGCGCUGCACCUCUGGCUGCGGCUGCGCUCCCCGCCGCCCGCCUGCGCCUCCUCCUCCUCCUCCGGAGCCGGCCCUGCAGAUCAGCUGACUUUAUUUCCUCAGUGGAAAUCAAAACAUUAUGAUGUGGUAGUUGGUGUACUGUCAGCUCGAAAUAAUCAUCAACUACGAACUGUGAUCAGGAAUACAUGGUUGAAGCACUUGAAACAGCAUCCAGAAUUAAGUCAACGUGUACUUGUGAAGUUCAUAAUAGGUGCUCGUGGCUGCAAUGUGCCUGUGGAAGACCGCGAAGACCCUUACUCCUGUAAACUGCUGAACAUCACUAAUCCCAUUUUAAAUCAGGAAAUCGAGGCCUUCACUCUGCCUGAAGGAACUGCAUCAGGAUUCUCUGAGGAUCAAGUUGUCAGUGUGAGCUUUCGAGUUCUCUACCCAAUUGUCAUUACUAGUCUUGGAGUCUUCUAUGAUGCUGGCAAUGUGGGUUUCCAGAGGAAUAUUACUGUCAAGGUGUAUCAAGCAGAACAAGAGGAAGCUCUCCUUAGUGCUCGUUUCAGUCCCCCCAGCUGUGGAGUACAAGUCAACAGAUUGUGGUACAAACCAGUGGAGCAGUUCAUCUUGCCAGAGAGCUUUGAAGGCACAAUUGUAUGGGAGAGCCAGGAUCUUCAAGGCCUUGUUUCUAGGAAUCUUCACAAAGUAACUGUGAACGAUGGAGGGGGAGUUCUCAGAAUCAUUACAGCUAGUGAAGGAGCAUUGCCUUAUGAAUUCAUGGAAGGUGUAGAGGGAGUAGCAGGAGGCUUUAUUUAUACAAUUCAGGAAGGUGACACACUUUUACAAAACCUUCAAACUCGCCCAAAAAGGUUUAUUGAUCACAUCAAUAACCUCCAUGAGGAGGAUGCCUUAUUGAAGAAAGAGAGCAGCACCUUUGAUGACAUUGUUUUUGUGGACAUUGUUGACACCUACCGAAAUGUUCCUGCAAAAUUACUGAACUUCUAUAGGUGGACCGUUGACACAACUAGUUUUGAUUUGUUGCUGAAAACAGAUGAUGACUGUUACAUAGAUUUAGAAGCUGUGUUUAAUAGGAUUGCCCACAAAAACCUGGACAGACCAAAUUCUUGGUGGGGAAACUUCAGAUUGAAUUGGGCCGUUGACCGGACAGGAAAGUGGCAAGAAUUAGAGUACCCCAGUCCUGCUUAUCCUGCCUUUGCAUGUGGGUCGGGUUAUGUUAUUUCCAAAGAUAUUGUACACUGGCUAGCAAGCAAUUCAGAAAGACUGAAGACAUAUCAGGGUGAAGAUGUGAGCAUGGGCAUUUGGAUGGCAGCUAUAGGACCUAAGAGAUUCCAGGAUAGUCUUUGGUUGUGUGAGAAGACUUGUGAAACUGGGAUGCUCUCUUCCCCUCAGUAUUCUCCACAAGAACUCACAGAACUGUGGAGAUUGAAGGAAGCAUGUGGGGAUCCUUGUGAGUGUGAGACAAGAUGAUAAUCCUUUAAACCUAGUAGUCUGAAGACCUGGAGUGAAGAAAAUGUGAAAGUGUACAAGGAAAAUUCAAGGUUAUGCUGCGGAACCAGAUUCUUUCAAGGGGCAUUAUGCUGGUGCUUUCACCUAAAAUUGAUGGAAUAUUUCUUGAUAUUUGCAUAGAAGUUCCCCUUUUAAAAUUAGCUUAUGCUGAAAAAGUAACUUUUUUAUGUCUAAGCAGUUUUGAAAAUAACAUAUUAUAAAAGAGGAAAAGUCCUUUUAAAAAAAAAAAACUUGAUUACUUACAGUUUAAUAGAUAAUCUGUUCAUCACUUAGGGUUGUGACUCAGUUAAUUGCUGAAAUCAAUUGUAACUGCUAAAGCAGCAAUCCAAGUGGGAGUUCUAGGGAAACAGUCUGUUUCUCGGUAGGGAAAUUAGCUUGCCUGCUCUGGGAAUGAAGUGCUGGUAGUCAUCCCUUGUGGUUACUGAACAGGGAAUACAGAUCUAGCAGGUAGUUUGCCCAGUUUUAGACCCUUGUUUUUAAAGGUAUGUCUGUUAUAUUAGUAGGUACCCAAGUUUGUAGCCUAUAUAUUUCAACAGGCAUAUAGUACUGGGUGCUAAUUUUCCGUCAGCUUCUGUUGUUAAGGGCUAUGAAGUAUCCCUAUUUAGGAAAAAUCUAUAUCAGUCAAAAAUAAAGUACUCCUCAGGGUUUUGGUGAUAAUGGGGAAGUAAUUUUCUAAAGAUUUAACCUCACUUUUCUAUUUCCUGGGAGUAUUUAUAUCAUCAUGGCUUACCUCGGGCCUAAUAUUCACCUAAAAUUGAGGCAAUUAUCUAAAGAUGAAUUUCAGUCAUGAAAUUCCAUGAAGUUUCGUGGAAAUGACACUUUCUCAACUUAAUGUCUAGGCUCAAACCCAAAUAAAAAAGCAUGACACUUUUUUUCAAUGCCCUAAAAAUAAUGCAACAGAAGGGAUAUAACAGAAUUGAUUUAAUGAGCAAAAUAGUGGAAUAUGUGCCUCCCUAUUUUAAGUGGCCUUUUCCUUAGUUGUAAAUCAUAAUCACAAGGUAUCAGUACAUAAUCGUAGCGAGAUCUUAGAGGAAAGUGCAGAAUUCUUGUAGGCAGUAAUUUUUUCAAACAUCAUUAGUCAAAAUAGUCUUAACAUCUAGCUUUUCUAUGUAAAGUUGUACUAUGAAGAAAUAAGUAUAAAGUAUACAAAAAUAAAUAUACAAACAAAA